AUUGUAGUCAUUCGUACAUGAAGGUAGUAGCAGUCUGUAUCGCCGUAGUGUUGUUGUGUAAGAUUUAUAUUUGUAAAUAGUGUUAUUACGAGUACAAUGGCAUUAAAACUGGUAAUAUACAUGUCUUUAAUUAUAUGGAAUGUUAAUUCUCAGAGGUCACAGAAUCCAAUUAUGUAUCAGCAAAACAUACCAGAUUUCUAUAUGGGACAGACAUUUAUUGAAAAUUCUCACCAUCUCCAUCCGCAAAUAAAUUCAGAUUAUAAUAUUAAUCCACGACACAACAUGUUUUCUCGGGGAUAUGACAAAAGUACAGGGCAAAUUUUAGUUGAGAACAGAUUUGUACCUGAUAACAAAGUGUCAUAUAGUCAAACAGAAAUACAAGCAAUUCAACCGAUUCACUACCAUACAGUGCAACCAGAUCAACAGAUUUAUAGCGAAGGUAAUGAACAUAGCAAAAUGAGCCAAAAUAUAAAUUUCGAUAAUAAUACUUUCGCUAUAACCAGCUUUGGCCUAAAAUUGUUAAAGGGUAUGAGUCGGGAUCCAGGAAAUAUUUUAGCAUCCCCAUAUUCAAUCGCUAUGCUUCUGGCUCUUAUACAACAGGGUGCGUUUGGAGAAACGCAAAACGAAAUCACAAAAGUGUUACAGUUAAUGCCAGAAUCUUCAGCGGAACUGUUUAGGGAUCUUACAAAUGCUGUAAAGAAACGAAAGUCUCACAAUAUUUGGAAGAUUGCAAGCAACGUGGUUUUAGCGGAUACAUUCAGUGUAGAUUCUAGAUUUAAAUCAAUCGCAAUUCAUAAUUUUGAAAGUGACGUAACUAAUAUAAAUUUCAACAAUCCAUUGGAAGCGUCACAAAUGAUCAAUAAUUGGGUUGCAGCUAAAACAAACAACAAAAUCUUGAAUCUGUUGGCACCAGAUGCACUUCAACUGGACACUCUAGCAGUCUUGGUAAAUGCUAUUUACUUUAAAGGAAUUUGGGAAACAAAAUUUCGAACGGAAUUGACCAAACCGAAAACGUUCAAUCUCAGUAAUGGUUCAAAAAAAGUUGUGCCAUUUAUGCACGCGCGACGAAUGUUCCGAACAGAUAUCGAUUCUGAUAUUCAUAGUCAAGUACUGUUAAUACCGUUUGAAAAAGCGCAGUAUUCCAUGAUGAUUAUCCUUCCAUUUGAAGGGAUUAAUGCUCUCGACGUCCUAUCAUCGUUAACUGAACAGAAGUUGUACGCUUACCAGAAAUUCACAGCAAAGGAAGUCCAAUUGGAAAUUCCUCGAUUCACAGUUAAAUCUGAACGCAAUAUAUUUGAUCUACUGAACUUUCUUGGGAUUUGGCGCAUAUUCAGUAAUGAAGCGAACUUAACUGGUAUUGGAACGUAUCAAGGAAUAACGCCGCGUAUUUCGACGGCAGUUCACAACGCUGUACUGUCCAUUGACGAGCAAGGAGGGUCAGCAGCGGCGGCUACUGCGUUCUCCGUUGUUGCAUUAUCUAAUGAUGAUUCUGCUAUAACUUUCCAUGUAAAUAGACCAUUUUUAAUUGUGCUGUGGGAUAAUCAGCUCAAUGUUCCACUCUUUAUGGGCAAAAUUGAAGAUCCAACGUUAUAGACGAUGUUAUUUGAUGGUUCACUCGUUAAGUUAAGGUCAGAAACAAUAAAUAUUAAAAACUGGUUAUUGUGAUUUUCUGUUUUGUUGUUGAUAAAAAGCAGAGCAUUAGCUUUUUUAUUUAAAUGGACGUUUAUAGCAAAAUAACGGUUAAUCCAUGCCAUAUUUAUUUCGAGUGAUUUUAAUUUUAACAUAUUCUUUGCAUAAUAUUUGACAAUUUCUCAUCAUCAUCAUCAUUAUAGUCUAUUCUAAAUCCACUGUUGAACAUAGGCCCACCAAUAUUAUUACAAAGUAAGGUCCUAAGUUAUCAGCAUUCGACUCUCUUAUGUUACAUCAGGUUAUCAUUCCAUUUAGACGUAGAUAAAUGUGAAUUGAAUUUGAGAUAAUUGUGUUUAGUUGAAAAAAUAUCAUUCAUCUGGAGAACAUCCUGACUAAAUAAUUAUAUAUGCUAUAAAGCUCAAAGUUUUUUGGCUUUAUCUAUUGGCUCCGCCUCACAAGAGGCCUCCAUUUCCAAAAAAAUCUAAAAUAAAACCAUGAAUUUAAUAAAACCUCUUCAUUUAUUGUUGAUCUCUCAAAUAUAAUACUUUUUUCUUUUAAAUCUUUUAAAUAAGUUGAUAACUGGAUCAUCAGCAAAUAUUCUCAACUUGUCGGUGUUGUAGAAGUCUUCUAUUUCUUGUAGGGAUUUUCCUUCUGUUUCCGGUAAAUAAAAGUACAAGUAUACUGUCCCAAGGAAACCAAAUCCUGAGUAAGUUGCAAAGGCACCCCAUAACUUCAAAUUGACUUCAAGGUCAAUGAACGUUUUUGUACCUAAGAAACUAAAUAUUAGUUGCUAGCAGCGGCUACACCUUGAGCUGAAGCACGACUCCUAAAACACAUAAUUAUUUUUACUUAUUAUAAGCGAGUGCUUGACCACAAUCCCAACUGGUGGUAAGUGGUGAUGAAGCCCUAGAUGGUAAAUCGCACUGACUAAGCGUAUCAAAAGCCUAUUCACUCUUGUCUUGAAGACGCCCAAUUUGUAUUCGGACAGAAAGACAGAUGCCGACAAAUUAUUCUACUCCUUUGCUGUACGCAUUCCAAAAGAUGAAGAAAACCGUAUUAAUGUUUCUAAAUCAGGCUAAGUAACUUCAUAUGUAUGUAUGCGCGUCUAUCCCCACUACUUUCGCUCAUUCUUAGAGUGCCAUGCCGGUGGACUGUUUGUAGCGGUAACCUUUGUAAUACUGUGGAUAUUGUAAAAGGCGAUUAAAAUGUGUCUUUUAAAGG